UGAAGAUUCUGAACAAAAGACAAUAAUAAUGUGCGAUUAAUAAAAAAAAAAGUCGGUUUAGGGAAUGACGAAGAGGAGGAAGCAUCAAGUAGAAGAAGAAGAGUCAGAAUCCUCCGAGAAGAAACCUUUGGAGAUCGACUGGAAUUCUGUGUUAGACGACGACGAAGACGACAGCCGCGGCGGAGGAAAGGAGGAACAUCAAGUGCCUGAGCUGCUGAUUGUCAACACCAAAACUCAUCCGCCGUCAUCUUCUUCUCUCCCCGGCGGCGAUCAGAUGGACUGUCACAGAAACCUAACCGAUCGCGCGCUCGACGAGCAGCUGGAGCGCAACAGGUCGCACCUCGUGAAGUUAGGUCCGAAUCUACCCGACAACGGCGAGAAGAUCCGUCUCAAUAUCGCCAGCCUCGAAGCAGAGAAGCAGCGCAGGGUGUUAGAACGCUCCACUAUGGACGCGGAGAGAAGUUCGAAGCUCAUGCAUGCGAGUACAUCAGGUUCAGAUGUCUUUGCGCGCGGGAAUACUUCUGCAACAGAAGCAUGUAGACAAGGGGAUACUGACUCGAAAGAAGUCUCACGCUCAACAUUUUCUGCUGCUUUCAGUAAACCCAAACAGGAUACUCAGUUAACUUCAUCCAAGGCAUUUUGUGAAGAGCUCGAGGAUUUGGGAUGUGGAAGUAGUGUGAAACCCAAGCCUGAGAAAAAAAUUCUUACAAGGAGGAAGAGCCAAUGGCGGAUUUUAUCAAAUGGAGUGGAAGCUGAGAACUGCGAAAAGAAGUUUAAUCAAGGGUCUAAAGGAAAUCACAAAUCCAAGGAGUCUUGUGGGAAGAAAAAGCACAAGGAAUACUCCUUGCUUGAUGAUGAUGACUCCAAUGGCCAUGAUACUCCCAAGGAGUGGUCUUGGGAAGAAUAUCCAUCACAGAGUUCAAAGCGCCGCCGUAAGAAAGCAGAUGAUUCAGUGAUUAACAUAGACGAGGAAGAACCUCAGCCUUCAACGGUGGCAGAUCAAACAGUUGAACUGCCUGAAGGCUUACAGGAAAAUAUAUGCUACCCAUCGAGUGAUGAUCCAGACUUUGUUCAAGUCUGUCUUAAAGAUCUUGAAUGCCUUGCACCUCAAGAAUUUCUAAACUCUCCAGUCAUGAAUUUCUACAUCAGGUUCUUGCAGCAGCAGCAGGUAUCUAGCGGUUGUCACUUCUUUAACACCUAUUUCUACAAGAAGCUCAGUGACGCUGUUACAAACAAGGGAAAUGACAAGGAUGCCUCUUUUGUUAGGCUCAGGCGGUGGUGGAAGGGUAUUGAUUUAUUCCGCAAGACAUAUAUAUUCAUACCAAUACAUGAGGAUGUCCAUUGGAGCCUAAUAAUAGUUUGCAUCCCGGACAAGGAAGAUGAAUCCGGAUUGACCAUACUUCACCUUGAUUCACUAGGAGUUCAUCCGAAAAGAUCAAUUGUUGAGAAUGUAAAAAGGUUUCUAAAAGAUGAGUGGAACUUUUUAAAUCAGGAUGAUGAUUAUUCAUCAAAUCCACCGAUCUCAGAGAAACUAUGGAGGAACCUUCCGCGCAGGAUUAGUGAAGCUGAUGUUAAGGUUCCACAACAGAAGAAUGAUUUUGACUGUGGUCCGUUUGUUCUCUUCUUUAUCAAGCGGUUCAUUGAAGAGGCUCCUCAAAGGCUGAAAAGGAAAGACCUUGGAAUGUUCGACAAGAAGUGGUUCAAACCCGACGAAGCCUCUGCUCUGAGAACCGAAAUUCUAAACACACUCAUCAACCUUUUUGGUGUCAGUGACUAGACUGAUCGCCACAAUGACCAGACAGAUGCGUGUGUAACCAAAAAAACAUCUGAUGACAAUGCUGCAUCCAAGUCAAGAGAUAGCUCACCGCUCUAACAGAGUUUAACUUUUGUUUGUAUAGGCGUCUCAUCACUGUAGUUCCUACUAUUCUGGGAGUUUUGUUAAAAAAAAAACUGAAAUUGACAUUUAAAAAUUUUAAAGAACUUCUGAAGAAAAAACCUUAAAAUUUAAAUAUAAUCAAUGUAAUUUCACAACA